UCAAUCGUUUUACUCAUCAUUUCCUCUCCGUUGGCAAGGUUUAACUUUAUUAAUUGUGAAGAGCACUGAAAAUGUUGUCUAUAAUCACUCUUGUUAAUAUUUUAUUGUUAGUUUGUCCAAAUGUUAACUGUGAAGGUAUUUGUACACGAAAAAAAGAGGUCCUUAAGACAAAAUUAAAUCAUCAUUAUGUAACGUAUCAACGCACCGAAUUUUACAAAUGUGGAUUUCUUUAUUUAAAAAAAUGUAGGAGAUAUAAAACCGAAUGCUGCCAUGACAACACAUACAUCACACAUUUCACUGACUAUGAAACUGAGAAAUAUUGCUGCGAUGGUUAUGCGAGAAAUUGGUCAUUUUCAACCAUAACAUGCACACCAGUUUGUAGAAAAGCUUGCAUACAGAGCACCUGUACAGCACCUGACACUUGUACUUGUCUCAUUGGCUAUAAGAAAAAUAUAACUCAUUCAAACCAAUGCGAUCCGGCGUGUUCUACAAAUUGUACUAACGGUAAAUGCACAGCUCCUGAAACGUGUUCUUGCAAUAAAGGCUACAAACUGAACAGUCAAAAUAUUUGUGCACCAGUUUGUUCAGAACCGUGUUCUAAUGGAACAUGUGUCGCUCCGGAAACGUGUUCUUGUGACGAUGGGUUUGAAAAUAGUGAACAAAAUUCAUACUUUUGCGAACCAGUUUGUUCAGAACAGUGUUCUAAUGGAACAUGUGUCGCUCCUGAAACGUGUUCUUGCGACGAUGGAUUUAAAAAUAAUGAACAAGACCCAUAUUUGUGUGAACCAGUUUGUUCAGAACCAUGUUCUAAUGGAACAUGUGUCGCUCCUGAAACGUGUUCUUGUGACGAUGGGUUUGAAAAUAGUGAACAAAAUUCAUACUUUUGCGAACCAGUUUGUUCAGAACCGUGUUCCAAUGGAACAUGUGUUGCUCCUGAAACGUGUUCUUGUGACAACGGGUUUGAAAAUAACGAAGAAGACCCAUAUUUGUGUGAACCAGUUUGUUCAGAACCAUGUUCCAAUGGAACAUGUGUCGCUCCUGAAACGUGUUCCUGCGACGAUGGUUUUAAUAAUGAACAUGAUCCUUAUUUUUGUGAACCCGUUUGUUCCAAUAUGUGUCUAAAUGGAAACUGUACAUCUCCAGAAACUUGUACAUGUUUUGAAAAUUACGAACUUCUGGGAAAUGGAACUUGUGGAGCAAUUUGUUUGAAAGAUUGCGAAAAUGGAAAUUGUUCUCAAGGUUGCGAUGUUCGCACUUUUGUGCAAAUGUUACAAGCAAAUGUUGUGUAUGUGUUUACGACAAUUAUUAUUAUUCUUGUGAUAGUUUUUCUAUUUCUUCAAAUCAGAAAAUGUAGGAAGAAAAACUGUGAUGUUGUAGAUGAAAGUUUGGAAUUAACAAGUAAUCACAGGAUUAGUAAUCUCGACAAAAUCAAUGUAAACCAUGUACAAAAAAAUUAAAAAAAUAUAUUUUUUAACGAUUUACCAAAGUUGUUAUUUAUUGUUCU